AUGCGGGGGAGUGAUGGCCGUUUUCUCAAAGCAUUCACUGCGAACCUUGGAGGGGGUUCAAUCACUCGUGCAGAGCUGGCUGGUAUUGUGUAUGGGUUGGACCUCGCCUGGGAACAGGGAGUCAGGAAGGUGAUUCUACAGACUGACUCGUCCACUGCAAAGAACCUGAUAGAUAAGGCGACCCCGAGACACACCCACUUCACUCAGGUCGCAGAGAUCAGACAGAGACUUAACCGCAACUGGACCGUUAGGAUUGAUCAUGUAUUCCGCGAAGCAAAUUUCGACGCAGAUUAUUUGGCUUCUGUGGGUCACUCCCGUUCGAUUGGGGUGCAUAUUUUGGACAGGCCUGACACUAAAUUUCUGUACUGGCUGUUGUUUGAUCGUGUGGGGGGUGAAACUCCCCGCUUUGUUCGUGCUUAA